AUGUCAACCCCGCCACUCCACGGGCAGGAAGCCGGCUGUGGAUGCAGACAUGACCCAACUGUGGAGGAAGGGUCUGUUUUCAUUUAUGUGGUUUUUUCUUUAUAAAGACAAAGGCUGGGUGUGAUGGUGAUGUGGCAAACAGGGCAAGCUGAGGGAGUGGAGAACAUGACGCUUUGUUCCAACUACCAGUAUAAAAAUGUUUCCUUCCCAGUCUAAUCAAAUUUGUGAAUAAUGUAACUUGAGCCUUUAGGCUCUACAUGUGCAGUUUAAGUUGUGCACAAUUGUGGUUGUCAUUGGCAUGUGUCUCUUUGUUAACAUGUGGACAACUGUUUGUAUUCAUUUACUGCUGCAAGGGCAGCUAAAUCAGUGCACCAUACAAAUCCAAGGUGAAAUUCCUGAAAGAGACAAUGAGGUGUGUCAUAUCGUAUUGAACUAUACUGUAUCAUAUCAUAUCAUAUCAUAUCAUAUCAUAUCAUAUACGGAAUUGUAUCUUAUAAUAUUGUAUCGUAUCCAAGAUAAGUUCCCUAAAGGGAUCAAUACAUUGUAUUACACAUGUUGUGUUGUACACAUUGUCUUGGAUACAAUUUGAUAAGAUAUGGUAUGAUACAAUGCAAUAUGACACGAGUUUCUUUAAGGGUCAAUAAGGGGUACUGUAUAAUUUCAUAUUGAAUGAUAUAGUGUUGUAUUGUAUCGUAUCAUAUUGUAUCAAUUCAUAUCGAAUCGUAUCAGAUCGUGUAACAUCAUAUGGAAUCGUAUCUUCUCUUAUCAAAUUGUAUCUUCUCAUAUCAUACCGCACUGUAUCCUAUCAUAUCCAAGACACAUUCUCUGAAGAGGGAAAUUAGUUUUAUCAUUUUGUACCAUAUCGCUUGUUUUGUAUCAUAUUGUACCUUAUUGUUUUGUAUUGUAUCCAAAAACAGAUUUCUUAAAGGGUAUCUCAUCCCAUUUACCUCAUCAUUCAGAUUGUUUUGUUAUGUAUUGAAUUCAACCAUAUCGUGGACAUUAUAUCGUAUCAGCACCGUACCUUAUUGUAUCGUGUUGUGCCUCACCAGAAGCUGCCCAAUGGGGCUUACAACUGUCCACACACUGACCCAAUAAAGUAACAGAAAACACCUUCCAAAAGUCUAACAAGUGAUUUAUUAUAACAAAAGACCAGACAUAAAUAAUCCACCAAAGAUUAACUAAAGAACAUUUUAACAAGACAAAUGAACACCAGGAUCAUAUCCAAACGCUACUGUGCAAAUGCUGGUUUCAAGAAACAGAGAAAAUCCCGGACUUACCGAGAUAUUUGGCUUAUUUCAAAUUCAAACAAUGACGGGAGGUGCAGCCAUUUUGUCCAUACCAUAUACAGUCUAUGAUCAUAUUGUAUCGUAUCGUAUCACAUGGUCUGGUUUUGUCUUUUAUCUUGUAUUGUAGAUGGAUUUACUGCUUGGAGUUGAGUAACUCUUGCGAUGUAUGUGAUUUUGCUUUGCUGCUCAUUCUUCCUUUUUUCAUGUUAUUUUUCCUACAGGUUUGGGCCAACAUCAAAGCAAAAACAUACUCCUUCCAAGCUCAUUACACAAAUGAGCUUUGGGGCCUCCUGCACAAGCUGA